AUGGUCUCUGUCACGACAGUUGUCUUAGCUGCCCUGGCGGUAGUGGCUUCUGCCGCGCCCGCGUGCAAACCCCUGGCAUACACCCUGCCACAAGCUGGAGAAGGGGAUGAACUUGCUGCGCCAGCCGCCAACCUCGUCCUCAAGAAGAUCGCUAUCGGCCACGGCAUCCAAAAUUACAGCUGCGAAACGACCGCCUCCAAUUUCUCCGCAACCGGUGCGCUCGCUGUGCUUUAUGACGCUACCCCUCUGUAUCCGAAGACCAAAAAGACGGGCAUCAACCAGCGGGAAUGGGACAGUCUCCCGACGAACCUGCUCCGGAACCAACCGCUGCCGCUCAACAAGCUCGCCGGCUCCACGUAUGGUGCCGACCCGACGAAGCCGUUCCCCGACCCCGCAGACCUGGAUCUCCAAGGGCUGCCCCGCAGCAAGUUCCUCGGCCACCACUUCUUCGACAACAAGGGCGUUCCCGUGUUCGAUCUCGGCACAGCAGGGCUCAAGGCAGUUGUCAAGAAGGUCGACGGUAUUGCAGCUCCACGAAGUGCCGACGCCGGCAUCACCGGCUCUGGCGCGGUCCAAUGGCUCCAGCUUGACGACAACCUGAGCGGGCAGUCCCGGGGCAUCAAGAUGGUCUACCGCGUCAUCACGGCUGGUGGGGCCGCCCAGGCUUGUUCGGUCGCUGGGGUGGGUGUACAGAGCGUGCCGUACGCCACCUUCUACUGGUUUUACGGGUAA